CCAUAUAAAACAGAAACCAUUUGAUGAAAGUACAAUAAGUGAUAAUCUUUUGCAGAAAACACUUCGCAAAUUUACCAUGAAGACGUUUUUGGUUGUACUUUUACUUGGCCUGGUUGCCAUCACGUUUGCAGAAAGGGAAAAACGAUUCUUGUGGAAAAAGUGUAAAAACGAUUCCGAGUGCGGUGCUGACAAAUGCUGUGUGAAUCUACUCAAGUUCUGUGCAGCAAAACGAGGAUUGGACCAAUCAUGUAACUUGAUAAGUCUUCAUGGAUGUGGAUGUAAGGAAGGAUUGUCAUGUCAAGCAAAGCACAGUAUAGCCGGAAAACCUGUGUACUACACUUGCCAACCUGAACCAGGCUCUGGGGAUGGAGGCUUUUAAACAAGAUAUAUCAACUAAGUCAAUAAACGUCAUUGAAUAAACAUGUCGUAAAAU